AUGGAGGGUCCUACUGCGUCAGAACCAUGGAGGGUCCUACUGCAUCAGAACCAUGGAGGGUCCUACUGCAUCAGAACCAUGGAGGGUCCUACUGCGUCAGAACCAUGGAGGGUCCUACUGCAUCAGAACCAUGGAGGGUCCUACUGCGUCAGAACCAUGGAGGGUCCUACUGCGUCAGAACCAUGGAGGGUCCUACUGCAUCAGAACCAUGGAAGGUCCUACUGCAUCAGAACCAUGGAGGGUCCUACUGCGUCAGAACCAUGGAGGGUCCUACUGCGUCAGAACCAUGGAGGGUCCUACUGCGUCAGAACCAUGGAGGGUCCUACUGCAUCAGAACCAUGGAGGGUCCUACUGCAUCAGAACCAUGGAGGGUCCUACUGCGUCAGAACCAUGGAAGGUCCUACUGCGUCAGAACCAUGGAGGGUCCUACUGCGUCAGAACCAUGGAGGGUCCUACUGCGUCAGAACCAUGGAGGGUCCUACUGCAUCAGAACCAUGGAGGGUCCUACUGCAUCAGAACCAUGGAGGGUCCUACUGCGUCAGAACCAUGGAGGGUCCUACUGCGUCAGAACCAUGGAGGGUCCUACUGCGUCAGAACCAUGGAGGGUCCUACUGCGUCAGAACCAUGGAGGGUCCUACUGCGUCAGAACCAUGGAGGGUCCUACUGCGUCAGAACCAUGGAGGGUCCUACUGCGUCAGAACCAUGGAGGGUCCUACUGCGUCAGAACCAUGGAAGGUCCUACUGCGUCAGAACCAUGGAGGGUCCUACUGCGUCAGAACCAUGGAGGGUCCUACUGCGUCAGAACCAUGGAGGGUCCUACUGCGUCAGAACCAUGGAGGGUCCUACUGCGUCAGAACCAUGGAGGGUCCUACUGCGUCAGAACCAUGGAGGGUCCUACUGCGUCAGAACCAUGGAGGGUCCUACUGCGUCAGAACCAUGGAGGGUCCUACUGCAUCAGAACCAUGGAGGGUCCUACUGCGUCAGAACCAUGGAAGGUCCUACUGCGUCAGAACCAUGGAGGGUCCUACUGCGUCAGAACCAUGGAGGGUCCUACUGCGUCAGAACCAUGGAGGGUCCUACUGCAUCAGAACCAUGGAGGGUCCUAUUGCAUCAGAACCAUGGAGGGUCCUACUGCAUCAGAACCAUGGAGGGUCCUACUGCAUCAGAACCAUGGAGGGUCCUACUGCAUCAGAACCAUGGAGGGUCCUACUGCGUCAGAACCAUGGAGGGUCCUACUGCGUCAGAACCAUGGAGGGUCCUACUGCGUCAGAACCAUGGAAGGUCCUACUGCGUCAGAACCAUGGAAGGUCCUACUGCGUCAGAACCAUGGAGGGUCCUACUGCGUCAGAACCAUGGAGGGUCCUACUGCGUCAGAACCAUGGAGGGUCCUACUGCAUCAGAACCAUGGAGGGUCCUACUGCAUCAGAACCAUGGAGGGUCCUACUGCAUCAGAACCAUGGAGGGUCCUACUGCGUCAGAACCAUGGAGGGUCCUACUGCAUCAGAACCAUGGAGGGUCCUACUGCGUCAGAACCAUGGAGGGUCCUACUGCGUCAGAACCAUGGAGGGUCCUACUGCGUCAGAACCAUGGAGGGUCCUACUGCGUCAGAACCAUGGAGGGUCCUACUGCGUCAGAACCAUGGAGGGUCCUACUGCGUCAGAACCAUGGAGGGUCCUACUGCGUCAGAACCAUGGAGGGUCCUACUGCGUCAGAACCAUGGAGGGUCCUACUGCGUCAGAACCAUGGAAGGUCCUACUGCGUCAGAACCAUGGAGGGUCCUACUGCGUCAGAACCAUGGAGGGUCCUACUGCGUCAGAACCAUGGAGGGUCCUACUGCGUCAGAACCAUGGAGGGUCCUACUGCGUCAGAACCAUGGAGGGUCCUACUGCGUCAGAACCAUGGAGGGUCCUACUGCGUCAGAACCAUGGAGGGUCCUACUGCGUCAGAACCAUGGAGGGUCCUACUGCAUCAGAACCAUGGAGGGUCCUACUGCGUCAGAACCAUGGAAGGUCCUACUGCGUCAGAACCAUGGAGGGUCCUACUGCGUCAGAACCAUGGAGGGUCCUACUGCGUCAGAACCAUGGAGGGUCCUACUGCAUCAGAACCAUGGAGGGUCCUAUUGCAUCAGAACCAUGGAGGGUCCUACUGCAUCAGAACCAUGGAGGGUCCUACUGCAUCAGAACCAUGGAGGGUCCUACUGCAUCAGAACCAUGGAGGGUCCUACUGCGUCAGAACCAUGGAGGGUCCUACUGCGUCAGAACCAUGGAGGGUCCUACUGCGUCAGAACCAUGGAAGGUCCUACUGCGUCAGAACCAUGGAAGGUCCUACUGCGUCAGAACCAUGGAGGGUCCUACUGCGUCAGAACCAUGGAGGGUCCUACUGCGUCAGAACCAUGGAGGGUCCUACUGCAUCAGAACCAUGGAGGGUCCUACUGCAUCAGAACCAUGGAGGGUCCUACUGCAUCAGAACCAUGGAGGGUCCUACUGCGUCAGAACCAUGGAGGGUCCUACUGCAUCAGAACCAUGGAGGGUCCUACUGCGUCAGAACCAUGGAGGGUCCUACUGCGUCAGAACCAUGGAGGGUCCUACUGCGUCAAAACCAUGGGAGGGUCCUACUGCAUCAGAACCAUGGAGGGUCCUACUGCAUCAGAACCAUGGAGGGUCCUACUGCGUCAGAACCAUGGAGGGUCCUACUGCGUCAGAACCAUGGAGGGUCCUACUGCGUCAGAACCAUGGAGGGUCCUACUGCAUCAGAACCAUGGAGGGUCCUACUGCAUCAGAACCAUGGAAGGUCCUACUGCGUCAGAACCAUGGAAGGUCCUACUGCGUCAGAACCAUGGAGGGUCCUACUGCGUCAGAACCAUGGAGGGUCCUACUGCGUCAGAACCAUGGAGGGUCCUACUGCGUCAGAACCAUGGAGGGUCCUACUGCGUCAGAACCAUGGAGGGUCCUACUGCGUCAGAACCAUGGAAGGUCCUACUGCGUCAGAACCAUGGAUGGUCCUACUGCGUCAGAACCAUGGAGGGUCCUACUGCGUCAGAACCAUGGAGGGUCCUACUGCGUCAGAACCAUGGAGGGUCCUACUGCGUCAGAACCAUGGAGGGUCCUACUGCGUCAGAACCAUGGAGGGUCCUACUGCGUCAGAACCAUGGAGGGUCCUACUGCGUCAGAACCAUGGAGGGUCCUACUGCGUCAGAACCAUGGAGGGUCCUACUGCGUCAGAACCAUGGAGGGUCCUACUGCGUCAGAACCAUGGAGGGUCCUACUGCGUCAGAACCAUGGAGGGUCCUACUGCGUCAAAACCAUGGAGGGUCCUACUGCGUCAGAACCAUGGAGGGUCCUACUGCGUCAGAACCAUGGAGGGUCCUACUGCGUCAGAACCAUGGAGGGUCCUACUGCGUCAGAACCAUGGAGGGUCCUACUGCGUCAGAACCAUGGAGGGUCCUACUGCGUCAGAACCAUGGAGGGUCCUACUGCGUCAGAACCAUGGAGGGUCCUACUGCGUCAGAACCAUGGAGGGUCCCUACUGCGUCAGAACCAUGGAGGGUCCUACUGCGUCAGAACCAUGGAGGGUCCUACUGCGUCAGAACCAUGGAGGGUUCUACUGCGUCAGAACCAUGGAGGGUCCUACUGCGUCAGAACCAUGGAGGGUCCUACUGCGUCAGAACCAUGGAGGGUCCUACUGCGUCAGAACCAUGGAGGGUCCUACUGCGUCAGAACCAUGGAGGGUCUUACUGCGUCAGAACCAUGGAGGGUCCUACUGCGUCAGAACCAUGGAGGGUCCUACUGCGUCAGAACCAUGGAGGGUUCUACUGCGUCAGAACCAUGGAGGGUCCUACUGCGUCAGAACCAUGGAGGGUUCUACUGCGUCAGAACCAUGACUCAGACCAAAACCCUCAGACUCAGACAAACCUCCUCAGACUCGGACCGAAAACCCUUCGUCGUGCAUCGACUCGGACCAAAACCUCCUCAGACUCGGACCAAAACCUCCUCAGACCGACCAAACCUCCUCAAGACUCAGACCAAAACCAUCCUCAGACCUCAGACAAAACCUCCUCAGACUCAGACCAAAUACCCUCCUCAGACUCAGACCAAAACCUCCUCAGACUCAGACCAAGAGACCUCCCUCAGACUCGGACCAAAACCUCCCUCCAGACUCGGACCAAAACCUCCUCAGACUCGGACCAAAACCUCCUCAGACUCAGACCAAAACCUCCUCAGACUCAGGACCAAAACCUCCUCAGACUCUAGACCAAAAACCUCCUCAGACUCAGACCAAAACCUCCUCAGACUCAGACCAAAACCUCCUCAGACUCGGACCAAAACCUCCUCAGGACUCGGACCAAAACCAUCUCUCAGACUCGGACCCAAAACCUCCCUCAGACUCAGACCAAAACCUCCUCAUGACUCCGUGAACCCAGAAAACCUCCUCAGACUCAGACCAAAACCUCCUCAUAGCUCUCGACCAAAACCUCCUCAGACUCGGACCAAAACCUCCUCAGACUCGGACCAAAACCUCCUCAGACUCGGACCAAAACCUCCUCAGACUCAGACCAAAACCUCCUCAGACUCAGACCAAAAACCUCCUCAGACUCGGACCAAAACCUCCUCAGACUCAGGUGACCUUAAACCAUCCUCAGUACUCAGACAAAAACCUCCUCAGACUCAGACCAACAACUCCUCAGCCUAUUGA